AUUUGUUUGUCUCCCUCUCUUUCUCUCUGUCGCCUCCGGACUAAAUCUUCAUUCCUCUCACUCACUCUCCACUUCAAUCGGUUUAUCCCGACAGACCCGUGCGCGCACGCUCACUCACCCUUGGAUCGCGUCGCCAGUUGCUUCUCUCGCAUUGGGAUGUUCUGGUCGGGCCUUUGCUGUUUCUCCGCACUCCCAUUCCGUCAUCGCUUGUGAUCGCAACACAGUAAACCCCGAAACCAACCCACGCGGCGCGAUCUCGCAUUGCGGGACUGUACAGAGACACACACGCACACACAUACACACCAUAACUACACAGGUUGUUCAUCACUUGCUUGCGCCACCGAGGGGAUUGGAUUGCCGUCCGCCAGCCGCGCCCGCAUCGGAGAACUCUCUUCAACUCCGCCAAACGUCCUGGAGAUCCCAGCCAAGUGUUGUCUAGCGACCGAGAGCUCAAGCCCCCAUCUAACAUCGCGCGACUCGAGAGAAGGAGGGAGAGGGUGUCCACGAGGCCAGAUUGGUGACCCCCCUUUCACCCGCGUGUGCAGAGAGAUCCGCCCACCACCAUAGAUGCCCAACAAGCUGUUCAGGGUAAUCUCACCAGCAAUUCCGGGUUUCCGGGCUCGUAUAUUCCUUUUUUUUUGUCGUGUCAUACGCGCCGGGCGCAUCUGUCUCCAGCGGCAUAGUAGUCAUUCAGAAACCACCGGGCACGCGCACACCACCACCACCGCCGCCUUCGUACCCUACGAGAAGACAGAUAUUGCGCCAUUUGAGGCCUGCGCAUGUCCCUGAGCUGAUCCAGACAGACCGUGGACGGAGAGACCUGACUGAGCCUUGACAUCUUUCCUCUCUAGAUUGGAUCAUUGGCCCUGCUUCGCCCGGACCGGCCUUGGCUCGUUUUUGGAGACUUUGAACCGGAGCUACAUCACUACGGUUUCCCUACCCUAUCCCAAUUCCAGAUUUGCGCCGAACAAUAUCCACUGAAGAACCUGAGCGCCCCGUUUUCGCCACGUUCCGGCGGAGUUUCUCUGGAACAGACCAAAGCAACCGUCCUGGUUCCCGGGACAGGGCAGUUUGAGGGUUAGUCUCACAGACCGGAGCGGACAGAGAGCGACCGCAAUUACCGGUGCAGCAUAGCAGUUCCGACUCGAGCAAGCGAGGCACGAAGCUGAGAGUGAGUUCUGAGACUCUGAGAGAAAGGAGAGGAACGGGACUCGGAGCAGCAAGAGAAGACGUGACGAGGGAGGACCCCACGAAUCAACGCGGCGUGUGUUUGGGGGAGAAUAACCGGGACCAGUUGGAAUCCGAGUUCGACUCCAAAAGGGAUAUCAGAGUCAGCAGCGAGCCCUCGCGUCGGAUGAUGAGCCUGACCAACCCGUCAACCGUUGCCUCGGGCCCCAGCUCGGUGCGGACGGGUAAUCUCAAGAGGAGCGUCCAGGCAGCGUUUGAAGGUAAGUUUUGGAUGUUUGCUUGUGGUUCGGUGCAUGUUCAUCAUACACUUUUUCUUCUUUCGUUUCCGCAAAGGCUCCCCCGUAGCUCUCGGCCGUCGCUUUGCCCCCCCCUCAGCUCCCCAGUUUUUGCCCUCUCGCCUGACUCGAGUUGCUGUCAAAGUGUCGUCGUUCGGAAAGGCAAACCAAGAGAGGAGAGAGAGUGCCGAAACGUAAGAGUGAGCGAGAUUAGCAGCGUGCGGCGAAACGGGACGGCCAGAGUCUGUUGAGCAA